AUGAAGUUGCAUCUGGUCAAAAAAAUUAAUAUUCAGAAGUCAGAGAUAUUUUUUGGCAAAGGACUGAGUGUUGUUCAGAGACAGGAGUUGACGGAUUUUUUGGCUAUGAAACUUGUUGACAUACAUCCAAAAUACUUGGGUGUUCCCACUCCCAUGAGGCGUUCUAAGAAGAUUAUCUUCUCUGAGAUGAAAGAUCGAAUUUGGAAAAAACUGCAAGGGUGGAAGGAGAAACAAUUAUCUCGUGCUGGCAAGGAAGUGUUGCUGAAGUCAGCUGUGCAAGCUAUCCCUACCUAUCUGAUGAGUUCCUACAAUGUGCUACUUACUAUUGUGAAAUAA